CUUCUUACAUCCCCUGCUGACCGUACCGAGUCAUUGCCGGUACACCGCCGAGUGUCAACCCAGCAGAACACCUCGACUGGACCUCGACUGGACCAUUGUAGCGCCGGGACUUCAAACCCCAGGGUUUCAACGGAGGGUUCCGAGUGUAUCUUCUACCAUGCGUUAGAUUUUCGUUACCAAUGUGAAUUUAUACGAGCCACAAAUGAUUGCCAGACGCUGACCGGCUUCGUCAACUAUCUUGAGUUUACCCACUGUAACUUCUCGGAGAACCUCCAGCCUCUAGCUCUGGUAAUAUUGUUUCUGUGGCUUAUAUUUCUGUUUGUUUCACUCGGAGUAACAGCAAAGAAUUUCUUCUGUCCCACACUUACGGCGAUUUCAAAAGCUCUGAAACUCAGUGACAACGUCGCAGGCGUAACAUUUCUUGCCUUCGGUAAUGGUGCUCCGGAUGUUAUCAGUGCAAUUGUUGCUAUUACCAACUCCAAUGAUGGUGAUGCAGGACUCGCCAUAGGGGCACUGUUCGGAGCGGCUGUGUUCAUUACAACAGUUGUUGCUGGUACUAUUUCUGCAUUAAAGGACUUUGAGAUAGCGCAAGUGUCAUUUCUGAGAGAUACGAUUUUUCUUGUCGGUGCAUCCUACUGGACCUUCUACAUCCUGUAUACGGGGGAAGUAUGGACCACAGAAGCAAUAGGUUUCAUGCUGCUCUAUAUUUGCUAUGUAUGUGCUGUUCUGAUCGCAAGGCAAUUCGAACCAGUCAAUGUUGAUCAAACACCAUCACACGAUGAGGAACGAAGCGACGAGCACGCUCCAUUGCUUGGAGAGAAAACACGUGUAGAGGAUAACCGCUGCAAUCAAUUGAGGGCGCUGUUGUGUGAUAUCAAUCCCAUUGAUGUAGAAGGAUGGAACUCAAAAGGCUACAUUAUGAGGUUCUUCGAAAUCUACAAGUCUCCAAUUAAGCUGUUGUUGCAGAUUACAAUUCCGCUCGUCCGCCAUGACGUAGACAGCUGGAACAGACCCCUAAACUGCUUCCAGGUUCUCAUUGGUCCACUCUGGUGCACUGUUUUGACUAAAAGUUACGGCACAGUGAUCGUAGGCGGUUUCUGUUUGUGGCAUUUGAUGUUAUGUUUGGGCUUCAUCCUUGCCGUUAUUGUCUUCUUCACAUCGCAUCCCCAAGAGCCGCCAGUUUACUAUAUUGGUUUUGCAUUUCUUGGUUUCCUUAUUUCUGUGUUUUGGAUCUUCGCCAUUGCUACUGAAAUAGUCAACAUUUUGAAGAUGUUUGGCAUGGUGUUUGAUUUAAGCGACGCCAUCUUAGGUCUGACGUUUCUUGCCUGGGGAAACUGCAUCGGAGACUUGGUUGCAGAUAUUGAAAUGACGAAACGAGGAUCUCCGAGAAUGGCAAUCUCAGCUUGCUUUGGUGGACCUCUCUUCAACUUGCUGAUGGGUAUUGGAAUAUCUUGUACGAUAGCUGCUGCGAAAAACAGAGGAGUGUUUUACUUUAGAACUGAUAACCUUCAAUUAGUUCUUGCCACCGGUCUAGUGAUCAGCCUCUUUACGUCAAUGUUCUUCAUGAUUGCGUCUGGGUUCCGGGCCACCAAGGUGUAUACAGUUCUGUUAUACAUCUUAUAUACAGUCUUCUUACUCGUGGCUUUGCUCACUGAGACAAAAAUCAUAAAAUGGUGAUAGAAAUUAAAAAAAAAAAAAACCGGGGGAAAAUCCCUAAAACAUGACCGCCUGUUCUUUAUUCAAGAAGAUAAUGCAGCUGAUACUAUUGUUACUCGACGUACUCUCCUUAGAUGGGUAUUUACCGUUACCUUCCCACCCUCAUUUCAGACAGUUCAAUACUUUUUUUCAAUAUCUAAUAGGUAUCAUUUCCUUUGAAACGUGUAGGGUGGAAUACAUAGAUAACAGUCCGUGCUUAUUAUGCCAGGCAAGGUUAGUGUUAAACAUUCGGGUUUAGUUUGUGAAGUAUCUUAGAUUUGUGCAUAUUUAACUCUGACAGUUCGACAGGUCAUUUUGAAGGCAUUAUUACAAUAACGUUAAUCCAGGUUGGUUUAAUGUACGUGUAAAAAAUAUACAAAAGUCUGUAGUUUGUUAUUAUUUUAGAUUCACACGAUAUCGCUUCCGUUUUUGGUUUCAAAAAAUGUUGUUUUUGCUUCGUGUCCUUAGAAAAGUGUUUUGCUUGGCCAACAGUCUUGUUAACACUCAGCAGGCAUUCACUAGCUGUAGUCAAGAUGUAUAUUGAUGACUGACUGCAACUGUGGACAGGACAUAUCAACACCGAGAAUAAUAGAUGUUGAAGACACUGGACAGUAUUGGUAAUUGUCAAAAACCUGUCUUCUCACUUGGUGUAUCUCAACA